AACAUUUAUUUGGAUAAUCCAACAGGAUAAGAUUCAGAAAAAACAUUUACGUGCUCUGAAAGCUUGUACAAACAGAUCAUAUCAUAGAUAUAUCCGAGCUAAAACUUGUCAUAAUCACAUAUUUGAGAUUGUACAGUAGUGCUAUUAGAGUUUAUUAAAAUGUUCUUAAUGUGUGUUUUGUCAACAGGGCAUGGAUCUGGAUAUGCAGCUGCGAGCUGCUGAAGCCCGCAGGGCUGAGUUGGAACGGCAGCACCAGGAGGCGCUGCAGGCGCUUAGGGGAUGUGGACCUUCGGAACUAGAAGCCAGGCAGUCCAGAGUUAGGGAGCUAGAAAAGAAAGUUGCAUUAGAAACUGUUAGAUGUGAAGAAUUGCAAUUGGAGCUGGCGUCCACUCAACGGGCCCGGCUAGGCACCAGCAGCAUGCAGGGGGGCGUCGGCGGCAUGUCGACGUCUUCCAACAUGAACAUGAACAUGAACAUGGCUGGCGGACACUCCUGGUCCAAUAAAGGUACAGAAAUAGAACGAAUUAUGGCUAAGAUAGAACAAGAUAACAGAAUAUUAGCUGAGUUAGACCAUAGUCGUUCUACCACUUUGGGAGGAUGCACCGCAGGUCUAGCGACUAGCGUCAGUUCGCAUGCACUAGGCGAAUGCAGUCCACCCAUUUCGCCCAUCACCAUGUCCCACACGACACCCAGUAUCUACCCGGGACACACGGCCGCAGUGGGACACAACGCCUACUCUUCCAGUGCAGGGUCGUACCUCCCAUCCUCCAACCCUGUGAGUGUGGGGGGGUACAACACUACCAGCCAAUACAACAGCUUGGGACACACACCUUCGUACAAGAUAGGAGGCAUAGGGACUACCAUGAAUAGUUUGGGACAUCAUUCGGUAGGAAUUGGAAGCACGUUGGGCCAGACUAGUGUGCUAGGGACAUCGCUGACGCAAAACCCGUUAUCAACAAUCGGCACCGGAUUGGGUACCGUUGGCAGCACGCUUCCCUCCUCUCUGGGCACCUCCAUUGUGCCCUCCUCUCUCGGAACGUCGAUGGUCCAGACGUCUAUCGGAAACACCAACUUCUCGAAUACUCUUCCUCCCUCAUCGUACAACAACCCUUCCACGUUCUCAAACUCAGCCACACAAUACGGACUGUCAUCUUACUCCAAUCCGAUCACUACCAGCUACAGUACCAGCAACAAUGUUACCUUUUCGAAUCCUCUUAGUAGUCAGUUCAACAGUCUGCCAAUGAGCAUCAAGUUGAAACAGAUGGAUGAUGUCGACAUCACAGGAACUCGACGUGUUGCAACUCCCGUCACUCCUCAUCCGCCAGCAAUAUGGGGCACAACAAUGUUGUCAGGCAUUUCAGAUUUGAGACCUAGAAUUAUAAAUGACAGCGGCGGAUUAGAUAGCGAUUGGGCCGGCUUGCAUUCAGACAGAGGCUUCCUUAAUGGACACAAUGCCUCCAUGACUGAUGGACAGGUAGACAUGUUAGAUAUUCCUGGCAAGGGGCGGUGUUCGGUGUAUAUCGCAAGGUUUUCGUACGAUCCAGAACCAGAGGCGGCUGAGGAAGAAUUGAGCAUCCAAGCAGGGGAUUACUUGUUGGUAUGGGGUGAUCCAACUGGUACGGGUGGUUAUCUUGACGCAGAACUCUUGGACGGUAGGAGAGGUCUAGUACCAGCGCACUUUGUUCAACGCCUUAUUGGGGAUGAUCUUUUGGAGUUCCAUCAAGCGGUGCUGAGUACACUGCGCGAGGAGGAGAUCAACCAAGAAAACUUUGCCGCAGACGUGCAGAGGUUGAACGAAUUGGCCGAAAUGGCAGAAGCACAAGAAGACGAUGGCCCUGAAGGCGAAACAGUACAGGUACACCAAUUGCCCGCCCCGAGGCAGCUGACGCUCGAGAGGCAGCUGAACAAGAGCGUGCUCAUUUCUUGGACGGCCCCUGAGAACGUGGGGCCUAACCAAAUCGACAGCUACCACGUGUACGUUGAUGGAGUGUUGAAGGCCACCGUGAAGGCUUCUGAGAGGACCAGAGCGCUGGUUGAGGGUGUUGACAGUAAUAGGCCUCAUCGAAUCAGCGUCCGUAGCGUAACAGGCAAUCGUCGAACUUCAAGAGACGCAGCCUGUACAAUGAUCAUUGGUAGAGACACGCAUCAAUUGGGCCCAUCAGCAGUGCGAGCUUCCAACAUCACCUCCACAUCGGCUGUCAUAAGUUGGCUUCCCGCCAACUCAAACCACCAGCACGUCGUUUGUGUCAAUAAUGUGGAGGUCCGUACGGUGAAACCAGGAGUGUACAGACACACGAUAACGGGAUUAGCACCUAACACCCAGUACAGGGUAACAGUCCGUGCGAAACACCAUCGAUCUGCACAAAAUGUCGCCAAUGUCGCUGAGGAGCUACCCAUGCCAGCGGCUGCGCAUACAGACUUUAGGACGCUGCCAAAGGGGCUGCCAGAUCCGCCUAGUGAUAUAAUGGUCGAACCAGGACCUCAAGAUGGUACUCUGUUAGUAACCUGGCAUCCUUUACAACCCCCUCACCAUCACAGUGGGUCUACAAUCACGGGAUACGCUGUAUACGCUGACGGAAAGAAAGUAACGGAUGUAGAUAGUCCUACAGGAGACCACGCACUGAUAGAUAUCAGCAAACUACUGGGGUUAAAUCCCCGACAUGUCACAGUACGCACCAAAGCACGGGAUAGCCAAUCAGCUGAUAGUGCUCCCACUCCAAUCCCUACCAGUGUGCUGAGAGGCGGAGCUGCAAGAGCAAGACAGCAGCCCCACCAAGCCGUGAUGCCUCCACAUCUUAGACAGCAGAUGCAAGGAGGGGGUAGGGUGGGGCAGCAAGGGCAGCAGAUAAUUGAACCAGAAGAAAAUCUGAGUGACAAAGAAAUCUUUCCGAAUCAGAAUCCUCAUCGCCAACAGGGAUCCAUCCCAUCAAUUGCGCAACGAUGCAACGUUCCAGAGAUCACGAAGGAGAACUACGAAGCGGGACUCAGUGAGGACGAGCUAUUGGACAGUGGUAGCAGCAGGCGUGGCCAGCAACAGCAGAGGGCAGGGCAACAACAACAAAGGGGCGGUCGGCAGCAGACUAGGGGUGGGACUGUGUCGGAGCAGCAAUCUCCGCAAAGCGCCCAGCCCCCUACCCAACAAGGACAGCAAGGGCAGUAUUAUCAGCAGCAGCAAGCUAUCACCAGCCAAUCAGGGCAGCAGAUGCAGCAACGUGGCGGAGGUCCGCUUCAAUCGCGUGGCGGUCAGGCUCAUCUGACGCAGGGACAAGCCAGGGCAGGCAUGGCCCAACAAGGCAAUCCAGGAACUGGACAACCACCUUAUCCACAAAAGAGGGCGAGGUGGUUUGUUGCUUUGUUCGAUUAUGAUCCUGCCACUAUGUCACCCAAUCCUGAUGCAUGCGAUGAAGAGCUACCAUUUUCAGAAGGCGAUACUAUCAAGGUGUGGGGCGACAAAGAUGCCGAUGGAUUUUAUUGGGGAGAAUGUCGAGGGAGGAGAGGCUACGUUCCCCAUAAUAUGGUAAUGGAGCUAGAAGGCAAUCAGAAUCGCGACAGAUGGGGAGAUAUAUACGCCAAUACGCCUGUAAAACGCAUGGUAGCCUUGUAUGACUACGAUCCUCAAGAACUGAGCCCUAAUGUAGACGCUGAGCAGGUGGAAUUGAGCUUCACCACAGGGCAGAUAAUCAACGUAUACGGCGAGAUGGAUGACGACGGCUUUUACAUGGCGGAGAUAGAUGGAGUUAGAGGUUUGGUGCCAUCCAAUUUUCUCACCGAAGCUUCAGAUCAGUACGGUGCGGGUCAAGCAAGUAGGGGCAGCCAGCCGGGCAUAGGUACGGGCAGCAGAACAGCGGGAGGCAGAGUGGGGCAGCCAGGUCCAGGGGCGCGGGGCCCCCCGCCCCCUCCUAGGGAACGACAGGGUGGCCAGAUACAGCAGCAGGGCCAAAGUGGUCAGAUGCAGCAGAAUGUGGGACAACAGCGGAACAAAGAUGCCUGCCUUCCUGUGUAUACCUCUCAGUUAGACUCGCUGAACACGUCUACGACACCGAACACUCUCACCGAGCACCAGCAGGGGAGGGGGAGAGGACUAAUGAGGCAAGGUGGUAAUCAACAACAGCAACAAGGCGUACAAAACCAAUCACAAUUUGGCCAACAACAAUCGUACGCUCAGCAACAACAGUUCAACCAACAAAAUCAACAACAGUACAACCAACAGAACCAACAGUUUGGUCAACAGCAGAACCAACAGUUCGGCCAGCAACAGAAUCAGCAACAGCAUCAGACGUCAUCAUUGGGCAGUAGCUUGUUUAGCAGUCUGACGGGACAGACGCAGCAAAAUCAGCAGCAAGGGCAGACACAGCAACAGAGUGGCUUCCAGAAUAGGAUACAACACAAGGGCGUGCCCCAGGUGCUGCCCACGAAUGUAAUGGGCGGACAGACGCAGUCCCAGCAGGGGCAGCAGGGGCAGCAAGGUAUGCCUGGAAUGCCCCAGGGCAUGCCCGGUGCAGGGGUGGGUGCAAACGUGAUGCAGAAGUUGAAUGAAAUCACGGCGCCCGGUGGUGAUAUUUUGUCUAAGGGCAAGGAACUUAUAUUUAUGAAAUUCGGACUAGGUGGAAAAUAACCACUUUUGUUUUAUUGUUGUUAAGUUUUCCGGAUGAGAAGGGUAUUAGUUGCUGGAUAUGCAGGUUUAUAUCCAACUUUAUAAUUAUUGGUUACUUUAUAGUCCAGUACCAAAAAAGAAGAGAGUAGCGAACGCAUAACUGUGCGUACUCGCGCGGUGUGUCUUUGGGUAUUAUAAGAUCAGCGUCUACGUAUACAAACACACACCGCGUUAACAGUGGAGUACGAUGAGCUUUGCUGUUUUCUUGCACUUUUGUAUUCGACUAUAUUCUUAUAUUAUCAGCUCUUUACAUCGGAGAAAUAUGGCGUGCUAAGCACGAUUCUGCAGGUUGCCUCACGGGGAAAACUUGUUGAGUAUCAACAUUUAUACUCGCAACGAUUUGGAUAUUUUGUUUCUUUAAGUUCGCACUUUUCUAUUUUCCUUUAAAGCUACUGAAAGUACGAGUUCAUUUUUGUCUAUAUCUUAGUAUGUGGCAAAAGGGUACGAAGUAACCUAUUUUUGAGAGGUCGAAACAUAAGUGAAGAGAAUGAAGAGAAUGGACAUUUUCCAACAAAUGACAGAUAUACGGAUAUUUUUUAUUGUGCAAUCUUUUGACAUCUGUCUAUCAGUUGUACUUCUUUGAACCAACUAAAAUAGAAUAUGUCUCCUCCUUUCGUGUAUACCCUUAGGCCCUUGCUUAGGUAUUUUGAAAUGAUUUAGAUUUAGAUAUGUGCAGAAGGAAGUAUCUAAAGGUCUAUAUAACGCCAUCAUCAAGAGCCUGAGCACACAACGUUCUUUCAGGCACCGUUCUCGUACGUUUGAACGGAUCGAAACGCAAAACCAACACUGAUGUUAUCGCAACCAUUGUUUUUAUUCCUAUUUGAAAUAGAAACAAAAAACCAGUUUUGCAUUAAAACUCUACAACUGAUCCACACUAUAUCAUGAUAAUCACGAGGAACAACUAAAUCGAUGUAUCAUCCGGUCGAGGAUGAUCAAUAAUUUAGCUUCUGAGUUCAUUGACAGCGCUUUAUUAGCCUAAAACUAUAAAACUUUUCUGAAAACAUGUGGUCAUCUAACACCAUCUCAAGCACAUUACGAACCAACUUCACUUCUCAACAGAGCUGCCACUGUUAACAAGCUAAGACCUUAUGCUGCAUCUCCUCCUCAAAGCUUAUACAUCAAGUCUUGUGAGAGUCAGAAUUAGUGGUUUCAUUUAAGGACUCUGACUCGAUUUAUUUUGUUUUCAUGAUUGACUAGAACUAGAUCGGAUCCAGUAUUUAGUCUAUAAGUAUAUUCUGAGCAUUUUAUAUGUCGAUACCUACCAAUGACACUAACUUCCUCAUCUUUCAAGAUUAAGCUCGCGGAGAGUGAUGAUUUAAGAUUUUUUACAUUUCCAACUACCACUGACCUGAUCAAAAAUUACACUAUUACCUUUGCUUCUAGGGGUAAGAAGGUCUAAGCGCUUCUGUCAUGUGCUGUUCUAUCCUUAACACAUUUUCCUUUACAUCCUUAGAAAGCUUUGAUAUCAAUAUAUCGGCAGGAACAGAAACCUUUGUUUCACAUCGUCUUCCAUUCAGCAGUUCUGAAAGGUUGUAGCUCAUACCAUUCAAGGGAGAGUUUCGAUACCUCAUCAUUCCAUCCCAGGUGUCCUUCAUGGAGGUGUUUCAACAUGUCAUUUCGUAGUGGAAAUGGUACUACCACACUAGAAAUAUUAGGCUAUCAGCAACGAACAGUUUCUCUUGCGUACUUUUGUGUACAUCCUGAUAGACUGAGGUGUUAUAUUUUUGCUCUGGCUAUCAGUUUUUAAUGAAUUCUAACACUAGUUUCAGCUGAGAAUCAGCUUUAGCUUCUUCGCGAAGUUAAGUUCUUCAUUCCUCUGAAAUUGGUAACAUGACGACCACAGCAAAUUCAAUAUCACCAUCUGCUGACUGAUUAUUUGGCAUCAAGAACGCUUUUAAGUUAUAAUUCAGCAGUAUGAGACUCAUUUUUAGAAUUCCUGGAAAGUAUGAUUGAAGAUCCUUUUUGAAGCUGCUUACUGAAAAUCUUGACAGGAAGGACAUAAACCAAAUAAUCAAAUUUAUUAGCAACAAAUAGGAUUGGAAAAAACAAAUAAGAUAGCUAGAGUUUCCUCUUUAAUUUGGCCAUACAGUUGCUCCGUUUUAGUGAAACUAAAAGAUGUAAGAGCAACCGGCUUUGCAUUUUGAAGCAGACAUGAUCCCAAGCCAUCCUUUGAUGCAUCUGCUGCUAUUUCAGUAGGGUUUUGUGUGUCAAAAAAUGACAAUACAGGCGAUUCAGUCAUCAAAUGCUCCAGAUGGCCUAGAGCUUCUUGAUGCUCUUUAGUUCAGGCCCAGUCAAUAUCUAAUUGGAUUCCUAAAAAAUUUCGAAAUGGCCUCUAUGUAGCUCUUAUUGGUCUGAAUACAUUGACUCGAAAAUAUCUGUCCCAUAAAUUUGACAUGUUUGUUUAAGUUGUCCUUGUUUUGGUAGAACUAGUAUUAAACUUUGGAGCUCGCUCUAUGACCCGCUUCAGAUUUUAAUAAUAUCAAUUCUGUCAUCAAAGUAAAUUGCUACACCUUCAAGGACACCAAAACUGUAAUUUUUCUUUUGAAAAAUCUCUGGUGCUGAACACAUGCCAAAAGCCAAGCGAGUAAAUUUACAUCGACCAAAUGGCACCCCAAAAGUCAUUGAAUCAGAGUUCAAUUUGCCAAUAUCAAUCUUUUAUAUUAAAUACUGUGAAUUACUUAUUAUCUAGCAUUUCUGAAAUUUAUUCAAAGCUCGGUAUCAAAUAUUAUAAAUAGUAUCAGACAAUUAUAUUGUAUGAACUUCAUGUUAUUUAUUUAUAAAUACAAACAUACAUUCUCGAGUCAUAAUUUUCUGCCUGAUGGAUGUAGAGAACAUGCUAGUUACUAUACAUACAAAAAACGUAUAAAACUGUGGAUACAAGAACAAUCGUAUAUGAUGAAUGAAAUAAUAAAUUAAUGUAUAUUCAGAUUUUCUCAACAAAAUCUUCUCCUAGAACUGUAAAAAUUUAUAAGCCUUUGAAUUCAGUUUAUUUAAACGGAUAUA